AUGGAGCGUGAGCUCAAUCAACGGAUAAGCCACGCGGGGCAAGUGAGCGAGUUUCGGAUUGCCAGUACGCCCGUCGAUGGAUAUUACGAAACUGAUUCGGAGAACGAGACGCGACGUUACGUGUUACAAUUUCACGGAUGCUUUUGGCAUGGGUGUCCAUCCUGCUUCCGAAUAAAUCGCGAAAGAAAACUCAAUUCUUCCACCGAUCAUGGCGAUACGAUCGACGCGCGCUAUGAGCGAAUUCUCGCAGCGACAUGGCAUCUUCGACGACGGGGAUACCUGGUGAUGGAGAAAUGGGAGUGCGAUUUCGACCGGGAAAUACGUCAGAAUAAUGAGAUGUGCGAUUUUCUUGAAAAUGCUCAGAUAAUAAAGAACUCACCUCUCGAUCCGCGUAAUGCAUUUUUCGGUGGCCAAACGGGGAAUAUAGCAACCCGAUGCGAUGUUGCGGGAACGGAGAAAAUACGUUACAUAGACGUAUGCUCUCUGUAUCCCUAUGUACUGAAAACGGGUGCUUUUCCGAUCAGUCACCCAAAGAUAUACAUCGGAGAGGAAUGUUCCAAGUUAAUCGGCGUAGCUCCGGAUUUCGAUUUCAACUCGCUCGAAGAACUCAUUCAUUGUAAAAUACUCCCUCCGCGCGAUCUCUUUCAUCCGGUACUCCCGUAUCGCAUACGUGACAAAUUGUUGUUCGCGCUGUGUCGAAGUUGCUGCGAAACGUUCUCGCAAGCUGAAUGUACUCACAGUCUCGCCGAGCGUGAAUUCGAGGGUACCUGGGUAUCCUGUGAAUUACGCAAAGCCGUCGAGAAAGGUUAUCGCGUGUCGAAAGUGAGCGAAAUUUGGCAAUACGAGGUCACGCGAUAUGAUCCCGAUACGGGGCAGGGUGGAUUGUUUACCGGAUAUAUCAAUAGUUUUUUGCAAUUGAAGCAGGAAGCUAGCGGAUGGCCGAACGAAUGCGUGAAUGACGAAGCUAAGGAGCGAUAUCUUCGGGAAUACGAGGAAACCGAGGGUAUCGUUCUCGAUAAAAAUAACAUCGCUCAAAAUCCAGGUCUACGUUCGGUUGCAAAGCUCUGCUUAAAUUCCUUUUGGGGAAAAUUCGGUCAACGAUCCAAUUUGCCUAACACCGAGAUCGUGAAAAAUUACCAGCGAUUGGCAGCUUUGCUCACGAGUCCAGAACACGAAAUAACCGAUAUAUUACCCGUCAACGACGAGGUAAUAUAUGUCUCGUGGAGAUUGCGAAAAGAAGCGGUCGUAGCUUCUCCGCAGACCAACGUCGUGAUCGCGGCAUUCACGACGGCGCUGGCGCGGCUGAAAUUAUACGAACAUUUAGAAUUAUUGAAUAGGCGAGUAUUGUAUUAUGAUACAGAUUCCUGUAUAUAUAUAAGUACAGGCAAUCCGAACGAGUACGAGCCACGUACGGGCAAUUUUUUGGGGGAUAUGACCGACGAACUCGAGAGCUAG